GCAGCAAACAAACUCUGUGUCAAACUGCUCGCUACGUCUUUGCCAGUCCGGGAAGCGUUCUAAGUGUUUAUGAGCACUGUGUGGAACGAAACUAAAACCCUAUUCUGAGUGUAAUAUGUGUGAGGACGGCGUCGUGGUCGGGGUCCGCAUCACUGAACAAAUCCACAAUGAUAACUCCAAUGUUUGACCUGAGCCAGGAUCCAGCGUACCUGAUCCUCUCCAUCCGGGUUCCCUACACCAGAACAUCAGAGUUUGACCUCUUUAUAGACGGAACAGAUGUCAAAUUCUACGCCAAACCUUACUUUCUGAGGUUAACACUUCCGGGAAGAGUAGUCGAAGAUGGAAGAGAAAAGGCCACAUUUGACAUUGAUAAAGGUCUCUUUACUGUGCAGAUCCCCAAAGAAACAUCUGGAGAGUACUUUGAAGGCCUCCAGAUGUUGACGAGUCUCCUUGCUCCCAAGGGUUCCCGCUCAGCAAAGCCUCUUUUAGAGGACAUCAGUCCAGAUUGCGGUGAAAGUGUGGAAUCUAAUGAAGGGGAAGAUGAAGAAGACUUUGACUGGCAGGUUGAGCAGGAGGUUUACAAAGAGAGAUCUGAAGAGGAGCUAAGAAGCAUGCAGAAAUAUGGCUUUGGCAAUCAGAGGUCUGGAGUGUUUGCUAGGUUACAGGAAGAACUCAGCGAUGUGAUCGAUGUCAAGGACCCAGAUGGAACCACAUUAGCCAAGAGGAGGCAAGAGCGCCUCAAUGCAGAGGCCUCUGCCUUCUCUCCCGAUCACUACCUAGCAGAUCUUUUUGAAGAUGAUGAGAUAAAGAGACUGCUGAAAUUCAGACCAUGGUGGACAAAAUGUCGUCCUUCACCUGAGCAUGAAGGAGAGACUGCCUUAUUGUUCAGUGACGAUGAGAAAGAGCAGAUGAGAAAAUUCACCAACCGAUCCUACUUGCUCGACAAGACUUCACGUUACCAAGUCUGGCUUAGCCUAGUGGACAUCCUAUUGGCUUACGCCUAUGAAGUACGCUCCACGGAGGGAGACUACAACGUGGAGUCUCCGUGGGCUAUCAGAAAACUCAGCGGCACGCUAUGUUGGCUGGAGACGUACAGCUCCUUACAAGAAGUCCUGGUGUCAUUUGGAAGAAGGGUUUUAUGCUAUCCACUCUACCGGCACUUCGACAUGGUGGCGGCUGCCAUUUAUGACACAGCUGGAAUACUGCAGUCAGGGAAAGCCUGCGUCCUCAAAUGCCUGCUUGAUAUUCACAAAGUCUUCAGAAAGAACGACCCUUCUUACAUACUUAACGAUCUGUAUAUUACAGACUACUGCAUCUGGAUCCAGAGGAUCAAGUCUAAAAAGUUGUCAGCGCUGGCAGCGACGCUACAAAAAGCCUCCCUCCAGAAAAAAGACUUAGAGCUGGAGCUGGAGGAGCUGGAAGAGGCAGCCUCAAUGGUUGCCGAGGAGGAAGGAAGCUCCAAGAGUGAUUCAGGGAGCGUUUGCAGUGACAGCAACUCCUCCCAAGAAGACGAGGAGUGUGCGACCCCGGCCGGCGGGGGAGGAGAGUCAUCUAAGGACAGCCCCCCUCUGCAAUCCUCCUCCCCCGCCCGCAGCGCCAUCCCUCAGCAGAGCGUCACGCUCCCGUCAGCGGACGCUUUCCCACCCGCCUCAAAACGCACCGGACCACUCAUCCAGGAGCUCGGGGAGCUGAGAAUCACUCAAGACACACGCAGCAGUCCUGAAGAGGAGAAGAAGCUUUCACAGGCGAAGACGAGCGCAGCAGCAGGAGGGACUUUAUUAGAGCCGAGUCAGCAGAAUAACGCUCUGCUCAUCAUUAAAACACAGGAAGAUUCCUCCCCUGAUGGGCUUUUUCAAAUGUAACCUGGAUGUAAACCCUAAAAUAUUUCAUCUUGUACUUGUAAGUACUUUAUUCAUAUUUCAUACAUCUUUUUUUUCCCUUCCUUUAGCAUCAUUUUGUUCCAGAAGGUCAACUCAAAUAAAGAGUGAAUCGGAAAAACAAUUAAUUUGUUCUAGACAUCUGAAAAUAUAAAUCCAAAGUGCAUUUCUUUUAAGAUAAUUGUAGUUUUACAUGCAGAAAAUACAAAUAAAGGACAAUAGAAAUGGAUAAAAGAGCAUUUAGCAUCAAUGUUACCUUUACUGUUCUAAAGCUUUUGUAUUAAAAUUGUAUACAAAUGUAAUUAUUAGCGGUGUGGGAUCAAAUCUAAUACGAAUCGAAUAUGUUAUGUGAUUCAGAAUCGAUUCUCGUUUUUUUUUUUAAUCAAUAUUUAGUUUUAUUAUUAUUAUUAUUAUUUUAGAAUCAAUCCAACAAAACAAUACACAGCAAUACCAUAACAAUGCAAUCGAAUUCCAAAACCGAACCUGACCCAGCAACACUCAGAACUGCAAUAAACAGAGCAAUUGAGCGGAGACACAAACCAAAAGUAGUGAAACAAAAAUGAAUAUUACCAACAACAGUAUCAAUAUUAGUUAUAAUUUCAGCAUAGCAGUGAUUAAAAAUCCCUCAUUGGGGGCGGUAUAGCUCAGUUGGUAGAGUGGCCGUGCCAGCAACUUGAGGGUUGCAGGUUCGAUCCCCACUUCUGCCAUCCUAGUCACUGCCGUUGUGUCCUUGGGCAAGACACUUUACCCACCUGCUCCCAGUGCCACCCACACUGGUUUAAAUGUAAAAAUUAGAUAUUGGGUUUCACUAUGUAAAGCGCUUUGAGUCACUAGAGAAAAAGCGCUAUAUAAAAUAUAAUUCAAUUCACUUCAUUGACAUUAUCAUUAGACACUUGUAAACAAAAAAUUUAAAAAGAACAAUAUUGUCACAGUGGCUUACACUUGCAUCGCAUCUCAUAAGCUUGACAACACUUUUUUCACAAAAAUACAAUAAGUCAUAUUUUUGGUUCGUUUAAUAGUUAAAACAAAUGUACAUUAUUGCAAUCAGUUGAUAAAACAUUGUCCUUUACAAUUAUAAAAGCUUUUUACAAAAAUCUACUACUCUGCUAGCAUGUCAGCAGACUGGGGUAGAUCCUGCUCAAAUCCUAUGUAUUGAAUGAAUACAGAAUCCUUUUGAAUCGGAAAAAUAACGUUUUUGAAUCGAGAAUCGCGUUAAAUCGAAAAAAUCGAUAUAUUAUCAAAUCGUGACCCCCAAGAAUCGAUAUUGAAUCGAAUCGCGGGACACCCCAAGAUUCGCAGCCCUAGUAAUCCUGGUGAGAAUGUUCAGCUAAAAGUGGGAAGUAUGAAAGAUGAGCUACUACUUUAUGUUUGAGAUAUUUACCAAACUUUCCAGUGACAAGUUCUUUUCCUGACAUGUUUGAUGUUGUGUGCAAAUACUGUUAGAGAGUCUGUAAGCUCUUGUAUUUACUUGAAAUAAAUUGUUACCAAAUAUG